GUUUGUUUGGGCUCGCCCGCACAGCCGCCCCCACAAGUCUUCCACCUCCUUUCAGCCGAGCAAAGCGGGCGCAGUUCUGAGCGGAGUUGGCCAGAAAUCACAUUCAGACCAUUCUAUUGAAGCAUUGGCAAAAAUUAAGAAGGAAAACAUCCAUUAUUCUUUGGCAUGGAUAAGCAUUCAGUGGGAGGAUUAGAAUUGACUGAUCAGUCUGCUGAUGUAUUAGAGAAUACAGCCAUGGCAGCUGGUAUCAUGGACAUAAGAAAUUCAUUUGGUCAUCCAACUAGUCCUUUAGUCAAUAGAUCUAUAAACACUUCAGUGGACGAUGAUGAUGAUGUUGUUUUUAUUGAAUCUAUACACCCUCCUUCAAUUUCUGCUCCAGGAAUAGCUGAUCAAAGAAACUUUUUGUUGGCAUCAUCAAAACAUGAAAAGCCACAAGGAAAUUAUACUAUAAUUUUGCCUUCCUCAAGAGAUUUACCUCCUCAGAAGGGAAAUAUAUGUGACACAAUUGUUAUUGAUGAUGAAGAGGACAUAGAAACAGAUGAGGGGCAGGAGAAAAAUUGUUCCACUUUUACUGAAUGGGGACUUCCAGGAACUAAAACUAGUAUCAAAGAUUUGGAUUUCUCCACUUCCAGUCUUUCAAGAAGUAAGACCAAGACUGGAGUAAGACCUUUUAAUCCUGGUAGAAUGAAUAUCGCAGGAGAUGUGUUUCAGAAUGGAAGAUUUACAACCCAUCAUAAUCCUGAUUCUUGGAUCUCCCAGUCAGCAUCAUUUCCUCGAAAUCAGAAACAACCAGGAAUGGAUUCCUUAUCACCAGUGGCCUUACUUCCUAAACAGAAUUUCCAAACUACAGCCCAACAACAACUUAAACCAGCUAAAAUCACUUGUGCAAACUGCAAAGAGCCUUUACAGAAGGGACAGACAGCUUAUCAACGAAAAGGAUCUCCUCACCUUUUUUGUUGUACUACCUGCCUUUCUUCUUUCUCACGUAGACGUACUCGAAGGACACGGAAUAUAAUAUGUAAAAAAGAAAUGAUUCGCCAUGAAGUCAGUGUUAAUAAUGUAACACAUAAACUGUGCAGUAACCAUUGCUUUAAUGAGUACCGAUUGGCCAAUGGUCUAGUAAUGAACUGCUGUGAACAGUGUGGAGAAUAUUUGCCCAGUAAAAAUAUUGGAAACAGCAUCCUGAUUGGAGGUCAGCAGAAGAGGUUUUGCUGCCAAAGUUGUAUUAAUGAAUAUAAACAGAUAAUGGAAACAAAAUCAAAAGCAUUAUCAACACCAGAAAUCAGAAAAAGGAAUUCCAUUACAGAGGAAAAUGAGACAAAAUCAUUUGGAUCAUCAGAUGUGCUUUUGGAAAAAAUAGAUGAAAUACCAGAAAAAAAGGAAAAGGCUACAGAGCUACAGGUUUCUGCAGAAUGUAGUCCAGAUAUACUACUGAGUGAACAGAAUGUGAAUUUACCUUCCAUGUCAGCUAUAGCUGAUAAAUUUCAAAAGCAACUGGAAAACAAAGAAUCUGAAGACCCCAUUAUACCAGUUGUGCUUUCUGCAGAUCCAGGUACAUGGCCCCGAGUUUUGGACAUUAAACAGCGAGAUGCUCUUAUUGAAAAUGAGCCACCUCAAGUAAGAAAUUUUAACUUUCCAAAAGACAAUACAGGGAGGAAAUUUUCAGAAACUUAUUAUACAAGAAUCCUUCCAAGUGGUGAGAAAACUACUAGAUCCUGGUUACUUUAUUCUGCCUCCAAAGAUUCUGUAUUUUGUCUGUAUUGCAAACUCUUUGGGGAAGGAAAAAACCAACUGAAAAAUGAGAAUGGGUGCAAAGAUUGGCAGCAUUUAUCACAUAUCCUUAGUAAACAUGAAGAAAGCGAAAUGCACAUAAUCAAUAGUGUUAAAUAUUCAAAACUAAAAUCUGAAUUGGAAAAUAAUAAAAGCAGUGAAAGUGCAGAACACAGAUUAUAUGAAAAUGAGAAAAGUGAUGGUGUGGUACUUUUGUACACAUAAUAUCCUGAUGUGUUUUUGAGAUGACAUUGACUUACAUUACUCAGAAAGAAUCUGCAAUGUAAGUCAGAACCUUUAUGUUGUGAGACUCCUACAAAGAGUAACUUACAACAGCUAUGAGCAAUAAGUCUAGUAGCAAAUAAAUACCGUUUCUGUUCCAAAUGCAAAAUAAUUCAAUAGUUAUUAUUACAGGUUUUAGUAAAGCUAAUUUUUUAUUUUCUGAACCUUAAAAAAAAAACUCAAUUGGAAAUUUCUAAAUAUUGUUUUGGAGGAGUUAGAGAUAUAAUUCAUUUAAUAAAGUUAGCACUCUACCCGUGAGCAAAAGUAGCAGACACCAAGUUCAAAUCCUGGUCUUGACCCUUAAGAAAAAAAAAUAUGAUGUUUGAGAUUUGCCAUUUUAAUAGAAUUAGUUAAUACUCUGUUCGUGAACAGAAUGGGGUCUGAACUACAACUUUUUGCUAUUAAACCAAAUACUUAUUUCUUUUGAGCAAAACAUUUUUCUAUUUGAGCAAAACAACUUCAUUUGUUAUAUAAAAUGAUUAAAAUGGUUAAUUUGCAUUUUAUUGGUUUAUAUUUUUGUUUUUAAUUUAAUUUGUAAAUGUUUUUGCCUUUAUUAUUGUAUGAGAACUUUAAGCAUAAAGAAUAUAUGCCUAUUUUUAUGUUGUUACAAAUAUAAGAAAUAUUAAAAAUAUAUUGUUAACCUUU